GGGCGGGCUUCCUGCGGCCGCCUUUGCACUGACCCCGGCAUGGCGGUGAUGGGGGUGCAGGUGGUGGUGAGCCUGCUGGCAGCCAGCAUCAUGCAGAAGAUGGCCCCGCACUACUCCUUCGCUCGCUGGCUGCUCUGCAACGGCAGCCUGCACCGCUACAAGCACCCCUCGGACGAGGAGCUCUGCGCCCUGGCAGGCAAGCAGCGCCCCAAGGCCAAGCGGGACAGGAGGAUGAACGGCGUGAUGGAUGACAAGCCCCUCUCCGUGCCCCGGGACAUCGACCUCCGCCUGGACACCAGCCCCAUCACCGCCGUGGAUGCUCUCGUGCUGCGUUAUUUCCUGGAGUACCAGUGGUUUGUGGAUUUUGCUGUUUACUCCACCGCCGUGUACGUCUUCACCGAGGGCUACUACUGCCUGGCGGACCCCCAGAAGGAGACGAACAUCGGGGUGCUCUGGUGCCUGCUGACGGUCGUCUUCACCAUCAAGGUCUUCUUCAUGGUGAUGCGCCAUUACUUCCGCUCGGAGGAAGGGGGCGAGCGCUCCGUCUGCCUCACCUUUGCCUUCUUCUUCCUCCUCCUCGCCAUGGUGGCCCUGGUCAUCCGUGAGGACUACUUGGAGUUCGGCCUCGAGCCCGGGCUGGCCGGCGUCAGCAGCAACCUGGAGAGCAUCCUGAAGCAGCGGGGCUGGGAGUGGACGCUGCCCCUCGCCAAGCUGGCCUUCAAGGUGGGGCUGGUGGCCCUGUGCUCCUUCCUGGGUGCCUGCCUGACCUUCCCGGGGCUGCGCCUGGCCCAGACACACCUCGACGCCCUCCGGAUGGCGGCCGACAAGCCCCUGACCCAGGUCCUGCUCCACCUGAGUUUCUUGGCGCCGGUCCUCGUGGUGGUGAUGUGGAUCAAGCCCAUCUCGCGGGAUUUCCUGCUCCACGCACCCAUGGGCAAGCAGACGGUGCAGAUCAUGUCGGACUCUGCCUACAACACCGCGCGCCUCUGGACCAUCGUCGGCCUCUGCCUGUUGCGCCUGGCCGUCACCCGCCACCACCUCCAGGCGUACCUGGGCCUGGCCGAGCGCUGGGUGGAGCAGAUGAGGAAGGAAGCCGGGCGCAUCGCUGUCCUGGAGAUCCAGCGCAAGAUCACGAGGAUUUACUGCUACGUCUCGGUGGUCAGCCUGCAGUACCUGGGACCCGUCAUCCUCACCCUCCACUGCACGCUGCUCCUCAAGACACUGGGGCAGCACUCGUGGGGGCUGUACCCGGAGCCCCCUCCCCUCCCUUCGGCAGCGACCGCAGCGUCGCCACGUCCCGGCGGCGAGGAUGGGGAGGACGUGCGUGCUGCGGUGGAGCAGAUCACAGGCAUCUUGGGUGGCAUCUUCACCCCGCUCUUCUUCCGUGGACUCUUUGCCUUCCUCACCUGCUCUCGGUGUGACGGGUUUUAUGCCUCUGGACUGGCACGGGCAUCGCCUGCUCCUGCCGCCCCUCACCACCGUGCCUGCUCUCGUCCUGCUGCUGCUCCGGGCUGCGUCCCUCCGGCCCCUCUUUCUUACCCUUCCCGGCCCCGCACGGUGAUGGAGGAGGCGAAGCCCCGCAGCCAGGUUUGCUGCUGCCUGCUCUGACCCGUCACGGCUGCCCAAGGCUCUGCUGCUGUGUUUUUGAGGGCGGCAGCUCCUGCCCACGCCAGGCUGUACGUGCCAGGCAGAGGACUUGGUGGGGAUCGCCCUUGUGUGGUGGAGACCUCACAGCCGGGCUAGAGCAACAGCGUGGCGUGCCAGCACAGACUCUGGGGUUUGCUCUGCCUAGUGAUUGCCUCCACCGGCUGAGGGCGAGUGUAUUUUUGUAGGGUCGCUGCUCUGGCCAGCCAGGUCAGAGCUCCUUGGGGCCACCCCUCUGCUUUGUGUGAAAUCCUCCAACCCAGCAGCCUCGGCUGUUGACUGUUUUAGAAAUAAAUAAGUUAACCCAGAGGCCA